AUGGCGGCUACAGUGACGGAUAUUCCUGUUGUGGACUUCAGUGCAAUGAGCCUAGAUAACAAAGAUCCUCUGUCGGAAAACGACCAGGCUAUCAGGAUAGUAGCCAAUGAAGUUUACAGAGCUUUUAGCACAACUGGAUUUGUUUAUCUCAAAAAUCAUGGGAUUUCAAAAGAGACGGUAAGUACAGAGCAAAAUCCCGGCGUUGUCAAUCAAUGGUUUCCGAUCGAUUGAUUGCAAUCAAUACAAUCAAUAAUAAUCAAUAACAAUCCAUUGAUUGUUAUUGAUUGGUGCAACCAAUCGAUAAAAAUCGAUACUCACACUCGGAGUCUUAAUUGCUAUUGAUUACCAUUGAUUACUAUAGAAAAUCAUUGAUUAAUAAUUCAUUAUGCAACUUUCUGGCGCGUGUUAGCGUGGGCGUGCUUCAUUGGUCCUGGUCUUCUUGCGCUGUUUUCGCUUUUCUUAGAUGCAUCUAUGAUUCUUUGUAUUAUGGUGUUGUUGCACUCUCUAAUAUACCAAGCAAGUGUUCUGAGCGUUGUAGAGUGCCUUCUUUAUGCUACUCUGGAAGCGCAUUACAUUUUCCUUUUAACAAUUAUUCUGCUAUCUUCCCUUUCGGUUGCACGGGUGAAUGUUCAAGAUGUAUGUUCUUGGCCUGCAUGCGUAUAUUCAGGCAGCAUGACAGUGAGCGCAGACAAAAACAAUUUCCUCAACUAAUUAACAAGCUGGAAGAGAGUGACACUGAAGAGACUUAAAGACAAUUUUGUUCUUGUUUCGAGACGAUCAGAGUCUAGUAAUAUAAGUGGCUUUUAAUAGUAAUAAGGGGUAAAAAUGUUACAAAUGUAACAUAAAACACAACAAGUAAAGAUAACUGAAUGGUUUGUUCAUUCAUAUGGUGCGUUUUAUUUAAGAAAAUGACAAAUUUCAUAAUCAAUAAAAAUCAAUAAUAAUCAAUAACAAUCGAUGAAAAUCAAUAGAAAUCGAUACUCACACAACUUUAAGUCAACGAUUUUUAUCGAUUUCCAAUACCAAUCGAUUAAUUGUUAUUGAUUAUUAUUGAUUAUUAUUGAUUUUAUCGAUUAUCGGAAACCAUUGAUUGACAACGCCGGGAGCAAAAUUCGAAAUUAAUUCGAACUUUAGGGCCCUUUAUAGAAAAUACGCGACUUUUCUGGCAGUGUUGUGUAAAUAAAUGUGUUGUACACUUAUUUUGGAGGGUUAAACCUCCAAUCCCUGCUUAUUGGCUACAGAGGCAGCUUUCUAAUUUUAAAUUAGUCUUUACAAGGUUAAUUGUGCAACGUGAAGUUUUAAUUAGGAGCAAUAAUUGACCUCCCAAGUUUCAGCAUUAACUACUUUCCAUUUACAGUCACCACAGCUGUAUGAGAUGAAAAUGAAAAUUCCGUUAUGAUCAGCAUUGUAGGGCGCAAUCCAUUCAACCAAAAUUUCCGGUAAUUUCUGUCCAAAACUCAGUGGAUCGGUUCGGUCCAACCGGAAAAGUUUCGAAAAAACUGGUCCACCUUUUGAGGUGAACCACUUUUCCCGGUUGCACCGGUCUGAUGUUUGGUUGAAUGGAUCACGCCCAUAGUUAUAGGAGUUGUCAUGACAACAUAAUGGCAUUAUUACUUAAUUUUGUACUGGCAGUCGUAUUUCCCACAUUUGGAGGUCUUUUUCCAAAAAUUGUUUAUGGGAGCUUGUACCCACAAUAGCCACCUGGCGUGGUUUCCUAAAUUAUUAUUCUCUGUUUCAUUGUCAUGCCACUAGACACUGGGAAAUGAAAGAAGUUAAAUUCAAAAAGCCUUGCCAAGAAUCAGGUCUGUGGGAUAUUCCAAACGCAAGAUAUUCGAAGAAGCGUGUACCCAAAUUUAUAAAUCUUUGUAUGGAGUCGCCAUGUUAGUGUCUGUUUGAGGGGCACAAAUAUGGCUGCCGGAAACCAAUAGAAACAUAAGUCUUUGAGUUUUCUUGGGGGAUGCAAAAGUGCAAAAACAUCACUUUGAGGAACUCAUAACUAUUAAAGUUAUAUUUAUUCAGAGACAAGGAAUGUUUAGAUACGGCAAAAUCUCAAAAAAUCGGUAGAGUUUUUAACCCAUAUAAUAGCUUUCCAGUCUGCCAGCUAAAUACCGCAUCAAGCAAAAGCCUGAAAAUGUAAUUGUUCUCCAUCACAAAACAAAGAACCCUUUCAAACCAAAAAUUUGUAUAGAUGUUUAGGUGCUGUAAUACCUCAUGAAAGAAGAAACUCAGAAGAACAGGUGGUUUCUUAGUUUGAAUUUUGGUGACGUAUUAUGAAAAACAAGAAAAUUAUAACAAUUAAAAAGAGUAAACUACUUUAUAAUUAUUUUGCAAAAGUGCUGGUGAGAGCCCCUCAAGUCAUGCUUAUCACUGCAGAGACAUCCUUUUUUUCUUGUAAUUGGCUUAAGUUAUCCCCAUGAACUUUUCACAUGCAUUUUCAAAUGUAGUGAAACUAUGAGGUGAAAAUUGCUUUUUCAAAGGGUGUCAGUUUCUCUUGAUAUUAACCAUUUAUCAUUGUUAAUAAAAAAAAAUGUACCAUUUUAACCUGCGCUUUAUCAUUCAUCUUAUAUGCUUAAACUUAUGUCAUACAACUCUGGACUCUACAGUGGUACAUUCCAUUUGAUGGAGUUAAGUGCUCUAUCUAGGUCCUGUUAGAGUAGAAUUCUGACAGGCAACGUGGCUUGAAACAGCAACAUUUACACAAGACAGACAACAUGAGUACAGACCACCCUAAACUAAUAAGGCAGUAACAAAAACUAGCACAAAUACUCUGAGUAGUAAAAACAACAGAGUCAACAUGGCUUCCUCAUCAGUAAGUGAAACAGUUUUUGAAAAUUAGAAGUUUUAGGAUAUAUGUAUCACUCCCCGCUUAUUCAGCCUCUAGCCUAGGAAGACCUCUUUGUUCUUUUUUGCAGGUUGACACAGUUUUUGAAACCUUUGAUCAGUUCUUUAACUUGAGUCCUGAAGUAAAAGCAAAAUACGCUAAAACAGAUGUAACAUCAGCAAAUGGCUGGGACGCAGUGGAGAGAGAAAGGUAACUUUGUAUAUAUAUGAAAUUUUUUGCAUGUUCAUCAGGACUGCAAUAAUUUUUCUAGAGAGUUUUAUCAGAAGGGUUAGUUUUCUGAAGUGCUAUGUUUGACUUCAGUAGACCUAAAGCACAUUAUCCAAUGGCAUCUCAUAAUUCAUUAAAAAUGCAUUUAAUCUGGACAAAAAAGCAAUAAUUGUAAUUAUUUAUUGUAAAUGCCAAUAUGUGUUUACUGUAACCAUACUGUUAGUAUUACAAACAAAUGGGGAAAUAGCAUGAGUUAUUGCCGCAUGAGACUCCCUGGGAACUUCACAUAAUUUACCAAGAAUAUUUUUUUGCUUUUUGUGAAACAAGAAUCCAACAUCCUGAUGAAAUUCCUACACCUAUGAUGGAUACAUGUAUAUUAUUAUUACGACAGAAAACAUCAGUCAUCUUGACUAAGGAUUUGUCUACUUCCAAAACUAACCAAAGACGUGUACAUUAAUUUUAUAGAUGAAUGUAGUUCAGAAUGAAAUUCAUGUUGGAAUGUUUUCAGUACUUUAAAAAAAAAAUACAAGCAGGAUUGUCAGGUUAAAAAGUUGAGGCGAAGCCUAGAGUUUUUACGCCUGAUAAUAGACGACUGCCAGUUUUUUGAAUGGCUUCAAAAUCUCUGAUAUAGAUCAACUCAUUCUUGCACUAAUAUUUAGAUUUGGUGUUAUUUUGGUCUAAAAAAUUGGACGUACAGUUUAGUCAUGUCUUUAUCAGAUAUAAGGACACUAAUUAAACAUUGAUUUCUUUUGUUUUGUCUUUUUGAAUUAUUAAUGAGAUUUUGAAAUCUCAGUUUGUCCUCUUACUGUCAGAGUAAAAGAGAAUUAUUUGGAGUUAAAGCUUUAAGUCAUUUUCUUUUCAGGCUUAACCCAGACAGACCAGGAGACUUAAAAGAGUCCUUUGAUGUUGAAUGCUUGGAUAAAAAAUUUGUAAGUGUGAAAAAUUACACACUACUUUUGUUCUGAUUUUACAGUUUCUGUUAUUUAAUAAGUAACGGUUUUUUUUUGGGCCUGUUUCAUUUGAAACUUUUUAAUUGAACCUUAAACUCACAGAAAUAAUUGAUGUGUAAAUUUUCCUUAGAAUAUGCACUACAUUGUCCAACAAAGAGGUGAUGAGAAUAGGCAAAUUAAUUGGCCAGAUGCUGCCAUAUUGAUAUAGCCCCAAAUUCUCUUAACUAAUGCAUAAUAAAAUUAAAUGUAUAGCAGCCACAAAAGAGAAUUACUAAUCAGAUCUUAAGAGUUCAAGGGCUAAAGGAAACAAUGUACAAUUCCAUGCGUGAAGGCCGUCUGCGUGUUUUCUUACGAAAAAUGCAAGGUACAGACUCUAGUCCAAAAAUUAUCUUUAGCCUUUGCCUCAAGCUGCCCAACAUGUUUAUGUAAAGACUAAAAUUUUCUUGUUGCCCCAGGGAAAAAUAAGCUGAAAGGGACCACUUGAUCCUUCUAAGGGCAGCUCUUUUUUGGGCCAAUGAUUUUGUCCCGGGAAAUAUCAAUUGUUGUUUUAUCAUCUCCUUCUUUUCUUCAUAAUACUUGUGAUUGCACAGUGAUCAAACUUAAUUGUUGCUGCUCAAUAAUUAACAUUUAUUUUGUUAUUAACACACAGAUGUGGCCAAACAAUGAGCUGCCAAAUUUUCGUAACACAGUGAUUUCUUUCUACCAAACUGUCUCAGAUCUAGCUUUAAGAAUUCUUACUGUAAUGGCAGUAGGCCUGGAAUUGGUAGGUUAAUAGCCUAAAAAUGAAUUAAAUAAUAAGUAAGUUAAGUUGAGUAAGUACAUGUAACCUUGUUUGUUUUAUUUUAAUUUCUGUUCUUGUUACUAAGAUGAUGGGUACCUUGAUACAGUGUACGUCUAGCUAUACCAUUCUGUCAAAUUAGACUCAAAAUUGUUAUUGUUUCAUGUUUUGGACUUGUUACAUGCUACUUCGUCUUUUUUGAACGUUUUACAUUAUGGAUCGAGAGCAAUCACCAUUUCUCGGUUCUGCAUUGUAAUUUUGGAACCCUUCAAAGUCAUCAAAAAUUUUAAUUUUAAAAACAAGCUUUUAAAGGGAUGUCAAAACUAUUGUCAAGUUUCUGUGGAAGGGCGAGUAGGAAGUACAAGUGAAUAAAUGAACUGUCAUCAUCAUCAGUAAUUUUCUCUAGAGGAAGGCCUUAAAAAUUCAGGGUCCACGGUCAAAUUUUUCAUGCAUGAAUAAGGUAAAAGAGUAAAAAUUGAUAAAUGCAAGGUUAGAAAACUGGGAGAAAGAUUAAGCAAAAAACGAUUAAUUCUCCCUUCUGCACUUGCCUGAAAUUUGCACCAUGAAGGAAAACCAAGCAUAGUGCUUGAUUUGAAACACAAUUUGGGUAAUUUGGGGCAGCAUCUCCUGGUCUAGAAUGGGUCGAACAUGAAAAAACAGUUUCCUUGACAUAAUAUACAUUUUUUACAAGUUCUAUGCACCAGUCUACAAGUUCUAUGUAACUAUGUUGUUGUUUAGAUGUGAGGAUUAGGUUGACUACCCUUUAGGCAGUCAGUUAUUCAUGGCUUUCGCAAGCUAAUACACAUUCUGAAGAAGUUGCGUCUGCUUGCAGAGUCAUUAUUUGGUUGACAAACAUCAGUAUUUUCCGGGGGGCGUACUCCCUACAUGUGUAAUGGCCUAUACAGGCCAGGCUCCGACCAAAAAGGGGACCUUUUUCAGGCUUCAGGUAUAUCAAAGGGUAGGGUUUCCCUUUCUGAAAUAUUGUAGGGAAAUCUGUCAUUUCGGUCGGUUUAAAGGCCCAAAAGAGUGAACAGAUGCAUUUCAUGGCUGUGAAAAAGUCGAGAAAACGUUAUGGUUUUGAGAUUUGUUCAUGUUUUAAAAACGGUGCAUUUACAGCAGUUUUAAAAAAGGGGUGUAAAAUUCUAAACUAGGUAGGUGAAAGAGGUACGUCAAUAGGAGGUAUACGAAAUGAGUGCCUUUUCUGACAAAAAUUGUAUAUGAGAGGGUAAGGGGCUGGACCUCGGGACGGUACCCGCAGUCCUUAUAAACUUUGUUGAGUACCUCCUCCCCUGCCCCCGGGGGAGUAAUUUAUACAAUAAAGUCUACUAGCCUCAGCUUUGUUUCAUCGUGUACCGGAAAGGUCUGUGUAAUUAAAUAGUUUAAUGUAAAUGGCUUACUGUAUUCGUAACUUAUUUUUCGGUAUCCGGGGAAUAUAGUCGUCUUUCUACGCUUCUCGUCUCUAGGGAGCAAUCGGAGCUCCUGACCAGAUUCUGGACAGAUUUUACCUCACCAGUAUGGAAUUUCUGUCAUUGAGGCGCGCUGACGUCUCUCCCGCCAAACGUAAAUAGCGGCGAGGAGACGAGGAUAGACGACUGUAUUCACAGGCUGGCAUUUUUUUUUCUAAUUUGCUGUUUAUUUUUGCUGACAUUGAUCUUUUAGGAGCCAGAUGCAUUCACGCGCUACUUCAAAAAGAUGGGUACUUCGGAGGGUGCAACUCAGCUUAGGUAUAACUUUUAUCCCAAAGUUGGAGAGUUGAAGCAAGUUAAGACAGACCAGAUAAGAUGUGGAGAGCACACGGAUUAUGGUGCUAUUACGGUUCUUUUUCAAGACAGCAUAGGGGGAUUAGAGGUAAGUAAAAGAAGUCCGACAGAGAGGAGAAGUGUGACGUCGUGUUACCAUGGUAGCAAAAUUUCUGGAUCACAGCGAUAGGGAGCUCAAGCAAUGAUGACGGCGACGUCAACGAAAACGGCAAAAAGAAAUAGGUUUAUAUCAGCAAAAGAAUAACCUUGCACGUGCAUUAUGCUUUUUUGUACAUUUCUUGGCCGUCGUUGCACGAAUUCCUGCGACAUGAAACUUCCUAAUUUUACGCGCCCGCUUUAUGGAGUACAAGGUGAACACAACACAAAAACCUUUUUCUUUUUCGUAACUUAGAUACGAUCCUUUCGGAUUCAAUUCCAGAAACGUUCGCCAACAUUUGACAAAUUAAAUGGAACAGAAUAAGAUCGAUAAAGUUUGAAACAGUGCAAAUUCACUUUUUAAGUGACGUUUUCGGUGUGUUGUCAUCCAGAAAUUUCGCUACCAUGGCAACGUGACGUAACGACUUCUCCUCUCUAUUCUUUACACUAAUGUCUUGCUCCAGUCAUGUGGGUUUCUUAUGGUGAAAACUUUGACUUGCUGACUUUGAUUCACAGGUAAAGAAUGUUAAGGGUCAGUUUGUACCCGCUCCACCCAUUGAAGGAACAGUACUGGUCAACAUCGCAGAUUUGAUGCAAAGAUGGACGGCAGACAAACUUAAGUCUUCGGUACGCAAACUUCUCGUAUAUUCUUCUUUGAUUUUAUUUAACAUCAGGAGUAAAAGCCGGCGCGAUGCUCACUUGUAAUUCCAAAAGCGAAUGGAUUCAAGACAUCAUCUGUCUAACAGAUUUGUUUAACGAGGGAGGGAGGGAGGUCAAUCACUCGCCGACUCUCCCCCUCCCCCUGGAUUAUGCCCCCCUCUUGCAUGGCCACAAUUAAAGGUCAUAACACCCACUUUCGUAAGCGUAGUCUCGUUAAACAGUGCAGCAAUUUUUUUUUUCUCGAAACAUCAUACGAAGUGCUUUCGCGUGCAGGUAAACAGAUUUAGCGCGCAAAAUAACCUUUGGAGUUCCUUAUAUUACAGAAGGGUAAUUAAAGACGUAACGCUCCACCCUAACUGUUUUCUAGGUCCAUCGUGUGUUAAUUCCAGAGUCUGAGCAAACACGUUCUGUUGCCCGCCGCUCAUUGGUGUUGUUUACCGAUCCAGAUCUCAAUGAAGUUAUCGAAUGUGUAGAUGGCUCGAAUAAGUACCCACCAAUCACAACACGAGAUUGGAAAAAGAAAAGGCUCUUGGAAACGUAUUCUUACUAA